AUGCAUUCUUACCUCGUCUUCCUUCUUUCUGCGGUUUCUUUAACUUUCUCAUCCGCCUUGGCGGCUCAAUCAUGGCCACCAGGAGGCUUUGAUGCCCCAAAGAAUUUCAAAGCCUUUCCUUCUCGCGACAGAUGUCGUCUUCAAGUCGUCUUCGAACGUGAGGAUAGGGACUAUGACUAUUUUGUUUUUGGUAUAUACGAAAAUGCAGCAAGUCCAGUUUGGUUACCCGCAACAGAAUAUGCAGAUUUUACCAAAUGGCCAAUCACCGUUGUUAAUGGAACAGCGGCAGAAGAUAGAGGAGAAUAUCCUGUUAGCGAAGGAAGUUUGUACACUUUCACACCUCUUAUGGUCAACAUUUGUCCAAAAGAUGCUCAUGGAAGCAAGUUCUUGAACAAAGUUUUCGUCAAAGCUACAACAGGAGGUGGUGGUGUUCCUGGUAAAUUGGCAUGGCAAUCAGAUCUCAUUCCAGUCGAAGGUCAUCCAGUGCCAAUUGGUGGCGUGGAAAUUACAAAAGUGACAGCCACCCAAGAAAAAGAUUACAAUGCCAUCCAUGGAGAAGAACCACCAGCUGAUGUACUUGUUCAAUGGCAAUUGCACAGCUAUAAAGCAAAUGAUGUCGAAGGAUUUUACGUUCAUGUCGGUCCUCUCACUUCCGAUAGUAAACAUAUUCAAGCUAAAUUCGUCAAAGGCGGCCAUGCAACCAACGCAACCGUAACUAUCGAGGCUUACGGUAAACCAGAUGUUGGCAAUACGGUCUAUGCAGCCGUUUCAAUCAAGACAAAGCAAGGUUCUUUCACUGAUACUGCUUCUUGCCCUCAGCAACCUGUUAAAAUCUAUUAAAAGCUAUUUGCACUCAUUUCUUUUCUCGUCUUC